UAAUCUAAUUCCAUAAACAAUGCUUUAAAAAAAGGGUCUUAUAUGCACCACUGAUAAAUGAAGUGUGGUUGAGACUUGUCACAUGAGAUUAAUCAAUCUACAAAGGAACUGGAAUUUCUGCUAGCUCACUCCAUCUACAAAGUAUCCAUACUACUACUAUAUAUCAACUUUCAAAAACUUUAUACAACUUUUAUCAGUCAUACUCUUGAUGGAAACACCCGGUUUUCGUCCCUAACACUCUCGCCGGAAGCACGUUUUCCCCCGGAAAGUGGGCUAUAACUCGACUCAAGCGUUCUUGCUUCGGUUCAUACUCCGCGGACUGCACACGAAUUUUCUUGCAAAGCUGCAAUGACUUCCAACGGCGAAAACAAACCUUCACCAAACGGAUCAACAAAACGACAACAUAUCAAUGAUCAAAUACCUUCUAUAAAGAGAAGAAGGUUUCGGCGAAUCAAAAGUGCUCCACACUCUGACUCUUCUGCUUCUUUUAGUGGCAACAAAAUUACUAGUGAUGCAAAAAAACCACGCCCCAAGUCGAUUUUUGAUCACUUUUACCCAAAUUAUUGGAAAGUAGGAGUCAUAUUGUUUGCAUAUUUAGGUGCAGGUACACUUACCUUUACUUUGACCAGGCACCAAAUAUCAGGAAUAAAAACACAUAAAAUACUUGAUGCACUUUAUUUCACCGUUGUCACAAUGACAUCAGUUGGGUAUGGUGAUGUUGUUCCUGCUAGUACUCUUACUAUACUUCUGGCUUGUCUUUUCGUCGUUUCUGGCACGGUCAUCGUCGGGUUGGUUUUAAGUAAAGCAGCAGACUUAUUAGUGGAGAAACAAGAACGAUUGUUGAUAAAAGCGUUACAUUUGAAUGAAACAAUCGGUGAAGCAGCAAUCUUGAAAAAGAUUAAAACAAAGAAAGUGAGGAAUAAGUGUAUCAUUUUGGUGGUAUUGCUUUUAGUACUUAUGGCUGCAGGGACAUGUAUCUUGCUUGCAGUUGAAGAUUUGGACUUUGUUCACGCGUUUUAUUGUGUUAUUGGAACGCUUACUGGACUCGGUUACAUUGAUAAAUGCUUUUCUACAUCAGGUGGGCGCGUGUUUGCGUUGUUUUGGAUCUUGUCAGGUACUGUUUAUGUAGCUCAAUUGCUUUUCACAUUUGCCCUGCUACACACUGAGAGAAGGCAACGGUCGCUAGUCAAAUGGGUGCUUAAAAGACAAACGACGGUUUCUGACCUCGAGGCAGCUGAUUUUGAUGGUGAUGGAAUCGUCGUGGCUGCUGAGUUUGUAAUCUAUAAGCUAAAAGAGAUGGGGAAGAUCAACCAAGAUGAUAUUACACCAAUCAUGGAUGAGUUUGAAACGCUCGAUUUGGAUAAGACAGGGACGUUGUCUGCCUCUGACAUUUUGCGUUCCCAGUCAUCGUUGUUGGCCUCUACUGUUAUAACUACCCAAUUAUCAGUGUAAGAUGAUGAUCGAGCCGAAGAAAAAGAAAUCUAUAGAGCAAAGAUGACCAUUAAUUUUGAAUUUUUCAAUACUAAUUAAGACGUCAAUGUGAGACUAGUAAACCAAAUGCAAGCAAACAAAUCAUAAGGCAUUAUGAUAGGUUUUAAGGUUUCAUUUGAAGUUA